UUACGCAAUAUUUGUAUUCGAUUUUAGAAAAACAUUAAUAUUAGAAGUUCGAAAAUAAUAUUUAUUUUUAUACACAUUUUCGUUAUUUCCUAUUUUAUUUCUUUGAAUGACCUUGCUUCCCAUUAAAGCAUUUUAAUCAUUUCGUGGUUCUCUUAGUAAAAAUUAUUAAUUUAGAAAAAGCUGUAUCAAUAUUGGAGAUAGUUAUGAUUUUUGAAAGAUCUUUCACGUCAUAUUGCAUGUUUGACAGCGUGUCCAGUUUCUGUUGACUCGUUCCACAAUACCAUUAUGGCUUUCUAAAGCUGCAGUUAGGCACAGCAUCCCCAUUAUGGGGUGCUGAAACAAAUUUGUAAAUGAUUUUCUUUUCUUCCUUUUAGUACUCUUAUUUUUGUUGAGCAAUUAUUAUUUCUGACUCUGUUGUAAUUUUCUUUUGGUUUAAAUUAGUACUAGUUCUAGUUUUAGUUUUGGAUGAAUGAGUGAUAUAGGGCAGUUUAAAUAUCAAAGAGAGGAAAAGCAAGAUACAAAGUGUUACGAAAGUAAUGGAGCAUACAAUAGAUCGAGAUUGUACUUCAAAAUGCAGGUCUUCAUUUCAUGCUAAACAAAUUUUCAGCUGUGUACCAUUCGCUACCACUUCUCAACUUAGGACAUAUGCUGUCUGGUUGUGCCAUAACUUUGCUGCUAUUUCUGAUGAAUUUGGAAGGCAUCUUUUGCAUGUUGCUGUAGCUUGUGGGAAGUGGGAAAUUGUUGAAUGGUUACUGAAGCAGUGCAAUGCUGAUAUUGAUGUUAAAGAUGGAGAAUCUGGUUGGACAGCACUACAUCGGAGCUUCUUUUAUGGUCAAUUGGCUUCAGCUAGAGUAUUGUGUAUGAAUGGUGCUAGUUUGAAACUUACUGAUCAUGAAGGUUUUACUCCUUUAGAUAUAAUAGUAAAGGACCGGCUUCCAUAUAUUGAGUACCAGCCUUCUGAUCCAUCUGAUGUAUAUGUGUGGGGCUCAAAUUUCAAUUACAAUCUUGGAGUAGGUAACUCUCAAAGCAAGGUUGCACCUGAUGUAUUAGAAGUUUUUCGAAAAGAUUUCAUUGAUAUAAAACAGGUAGUUAUAUGUAAAUUUCAUAGUGCUUUCUUAUCAAGUACUGGACAAGUGUAUACUUGUGGAUAUGGGCAUGGUGGUCGUUUGGGUCAGGAUACUGAAGAUAUAUCAUUGGCUCCCUCUCCUGUGAAAGGAUUAGGCUCUCAAAUUUGUCUGCAAGUUGCUGCAGGGCAAGAUCAUUUGUUACUCCUGCUUGAAAACAGACAAGUAUGGAGUUGUGGUUUAAAUACUUACCACCAACUUGGCCAUAUUCCCCCUCCUGAAAGACUUCUGACACCAAAACCUUUGACUCUGAAAUUUUUGAAAGGAAAAGCUAUUCUUGGAAUCUGUGCAGCUCGUUUCCAUUCUGUUAUAUAUACUAAAGAUAGUGUUUAUACUUUUGGACUCAAUGCUGGGCAACUCGGACAUCCAAAAGGAGAUCGUACUCAAAUUCAUCCCAGGCAGGUGUCAGGCUUGUAUACAGAAGAAUGCAGUUUAACACAUGUUGCUUCUAGUGAUGGGGCAAUAGUUUGUGCUACAAAUCGAGGCGAUGUUUACGUUCUUCAUGAGUAUCAAAUUCGUAAAAUUGCUUCCAGGCAAUUGGAAAUAAUGAAACUGUCAGUAGUUGGAGGUCACUUAGAUUCUCGAUGUGAUGUGGCUGGCGUUCGUGAAGGUGGGGGCUUGGAAUUAAGAGUUGCUCUUCUAACUAAAUCUGGAAAGGUUUAUCUUUGGAGACAGACUGAUCCAUAUUUGAGAAGGUGUCUUUUUACUUCACCAAAGGAAUUAAUUAUUUCUGAUAUUCACAUUAAUCAUUAUUCGAUUGGACUGAUAACUAGUAAUAAUGAAGGUUAUAUUGGUACCAUUGUAAAUUUCAAAGGCAAACGUUCAGCACCACCCUCAUCAACUCUACAUACUCCAUCUCUUUUUAAUAAACAAGCUUCAAUAGGUUUAACUGUUCUUCUUGAUCCUGAUGAUUGUCAUUUUAUUAAAGCCAAAAAAUUGCCAAACAUUUAUAGAGGAACUUCUAUAACAAGUGACUCUAAAGGGAGAAAUUUUGCUGUGUUGCAAUCUAAUCCAAAAAUGGGUCUUGUGGAAUUGCCCAUGAUUGGAGAAUCAAAAAUUCAACAAGAUCUAACAAGAAUGUAUUUAGAAACGCACAAACAUGAUGACUUUCAUGAUGUAAUUAUUAAAGUAGAAAAAAGAGAAUUUGCUGCACAUAAAUAUAUUCUGGCAUCUCGCAGUGAAUAUUUUAAAAAGCAGUUUAGUAAAGAAAAUUCCAAUAAUGCAAUGACAAUAGACAACAUGAAAUCUGAAGCUUUCGAGCAAGUUCUCAAAUUUAUGUAUACUAAUCAUUGUGAUUUUUUAACUAAUGGAUAUGAAGUCAAAUGGUCAGUGACAAAAGAGGAUGGGAAGAAAAGUAAAUCAGGUGCCAAAAAUGCUAAAUCUCCUAAUCCAGUGCAGCUUGUACAAGAAGCUAGCAAAAGAUUUGGUCUCACUCGUCUUUCAAAAAGAUUGGAAAGUGUGAAGAUUAUUAAUGGCAAAAUAUCUGCUAAUGAGUUGGAUAAGAUGCCUCGCCUGACUUUUAAUCGACGAUCCUUGCCUAAUCUAUAUGAUGUUAAUUUGAUAUCAUCUGGUGGAAUUGCUUUUGGAUGCCAUAAAUGCAUUCUAGCUGCUAGACUUGAUUAUUUUCAUUGCAUGUUAGGAACUUGUUGGGCAGAGAAUUUUCAACUAGAUAGUUUGACACUAGAAGACACAUCAUCUAAAGUCAUGGAAAUUUUGAUUGAAUACUUGUAUACUGAUGAUGCUGGAAAGUUAACAGAUUCUGAUGAUGUUGAUUUCUUGUGCAGUGUUCUGGCAACUGCUGAUAAAUUUUUGGUUCCACGUUUGAAAGAAACUUGUGAAUUUGCCUUAAUUAGACUGCUUACCUUGAAAAAUGCAGGUGAUCUUUUGGAGUUUGCUUCUUUUUAUAAUUCUGAGCAGCUAAAAAGAUCCUGCAUGCAUUUCAUAUGCAUCAAUUUGCCUGCAGUUGUUGAAUUAAAAGUUCUUGAGAUUGUUAAUAAAGAAGCAAUGGAAGAAUUGAGCACAUAUUAUAGAAAUUUAGUUCCUUGGAUGUACAGUAGAAGAAUCUCUCUUAAUAGAAGUGAUUUUGAAAAAGAUCUUGAAUUACUUGAAAAAGAAUUUCCCAUCAGUGAUACAAGUACAUUUGAAAAAAAUAAAAUGGAUUCUCACGAUAGUAAAAGUAAAAGCAGACGUCGAUGUACUUCCUGGCGUUCUGAGUCUAAAGAUACAUCAUUAGUAACAGAAAAGAUAGAAAGUGACAUUAAAACUCCUGAAAAAGAUAUUGUUAUUGAUAUUGUAAUACCUGAUGUUAAUGAGAAGAAUGUUAUUAAUGCUCCACCUAAAGAGAAGAAAUCGUCUAUUCCAGAAACAAAUGAAGUGCCUGAUAAAUCAGAAGUGAAAAAACAAGGACAAUGGACUAUGAAGUGUCCAAAUAAAGAUCAAUUGUUAACUUUAGACCAGAUAAUGCUAACAGAAGAAUUAAACUAUACACCUCUGCAAAAAAAAGCAAACUUUCCAGAUAAGAAACCCUUACCCCACUUGUCACAAAAGCAGAAGAAAAUGAUGAAAGCCAACAAAAUUCAGAGUCCUGAAAUACCAAUCCCAAAUAACUCACCUAGUCAGAGUGCAUGUCCUUGGGCCAAAUUGCCCGAGCAGUCACCACCAUCCCCUUCAUUUUGGGAAGCUGUUGCUAAGAAGGAUUUUCAGCCUUCAUCCUUAACAAGAGAGUUUUCCACUCCACUGAGAAGUUUCUCCGUAACAGAAGAAAAGAAACCUAAACCUUCAACUGAUAUUCUUAGCUCAUCUGUAGAAAGUUCGAAAGAUAUUGUGAUAAGUUUGCAUGAUAUUCAACUUGCUGAAGAACAGAAGCUACGCAGAGCUGCUAACCCCAAGAUUAAGCCACUCCAUAUUUUGAAUAUUGAAGACCAAGCUAUUGAAGAACUGCUCGCUUUGUACAAUGCUGAAGAUAAUCCUAAGGAAAAAAUAAUAGUUUCAAGAGUGCUACCUGAAGAGAUUGUCAGCCCAGUUUGGAAGCGGAAAGGCCAUUAAUGUAGUUAUGUUUUGUUUAUAGUUUUAUUUAUUGUUUUAGUCCAAAUAAAACUUGCAUACUGUCCUCUAGAA